CCAGGUAAAUAAUCAUGGCUGGAACAGAAGCGGUUGGAGACUUACUUUCUCGUUGGUCUUAUGUUGUACAUACACCCAGCGAGGAACCCGAACCAUCAGAGUUACCCAGCACCGUGGACAUGGCUGCUUUCAGCUCUGAAUUAAACACAACACCUCCAAAUAGCACCCAAGUUGAGGAAUCAUCAGAUUCUGAAAGUGAUUCAGACUCAGACACAAAUAACUCUGGUAGUGAUGAAUCGGAAUCGUCGUCACACUCCGACUCGUCAAAUUCAGACACUUCAACAUCAAGUCAAGACUCAAAUUCGAGACCACCAUCCCCGGAAUUCUCGGUGACGAGUACCCAAGCAAACAGCCUGCGCUUAACCAUCAGUAAAGCUUGUACGAGUCCUACCGAGAAACCAAAACCAUCCGAAACAAAGAUUUUGUCGGCGAAGUGUCGUUCGUUAUCGAGUAGUAGUGAUUCCGAUAGUGACUCGGAUAAAAGUGACGCUUCACCGGCCGUUUGUAAUAAAGAAACGGUUCCAAAACGGCCCCAACCAGUGCGGAAGUUACGGUCGCGACCCCCCGAACCUCCUCCUCCUCCGAGUAAUGUAAAAAAAGUUGGUGUUAAAAAGGAUCUUGGGACUGUAAAUAAUAAAAAGGAGAAUGUUGCUGCUAAGAAAGUUAAGGGAAAAGGUGGAAAUAAGGUAAGAAUUAUUUUGAUUUAUUUUUGUUGACUCACAGACAUCGCG